UUUAUUUCCGAGGAAAAAAAAUUUUAAGAAAUAUGAAAGGAGAUUCAUUAGGACAAGAUUUAAUUACAUUAAUAAAUAAUCCAAAGUAUAGUGAUAUAGAAAUUUUAUGUGAAGAUGAAAAGAAAUUAUUUGCUUGUAGAGCAAUUUUAGCAGCAAGAUCAGAAAUAUUUGAUAGUUUACUUUAUAAUGGGAUGAAGGAAACUUAUGAAACCCAAAUUUCUUUUCCAAGCAUUAAUUCUGUUGUGAUGAAAAUCAUAAUAGAAUAUAUUUACGCAGGAUCUAUUAAAGAAGAAUCUUUAACAGAAGAUAAUAUAAUUGAAACUUUUUUCGCUGCAGAUUAUUUUCAAUUAUCAAGUCUAAAGGAUUUUAUUAUAAACACAAUAAAUAAUGUUAAUUUUGUAACUCCAGAGUUACUAUCUAAGCUUACGGAAAUGAUUCCAUUAACAGAAGAUAACAUUUUUUUAAAUUCAUUGAUUGAAAUGGUAGCGAUUAUUCCAUUAAAUACUAUUGAAUUUGGUCGAUUGUCUAUUACAGGUCUUAAAUACCUUUUAUCUUAUACAUAUGAAAAUGAAGUGACUUUUGCGACACCAGAGUAUGAAGUUUUUCGAUAUAGUGUUAUUCUUGCAGCAAAACAAGUUUCCAAUUAUGCAUAUAAUAUUUUCACGGAACGAUUACCACCCUUAAAACAAAUACGUAAUUCAGUUCAAGUAAAAAAUGAAUUUAUUAUCAAUAAACAAAUCGCAAAAAAAUUGAAACCUUUGAUUAAAUUUAUUGAUUUCAGAAGAAUUAAUGCGCAAAUAAUAUCUGAUAUUAUUGAACCAUUAAAUAUUAUUCCAAUCGAAAUAAUUCAAAGUGCUUAUCGAAACAUAGCAAUAUCAAGUGAUUCAAAUUUAAGUAAUACUCGUGGAAAAUCAAUUAAUGAAUCUGAUUAUGUUUGGGAUAUGUCAGCAUGUGGAUCAAACCUCGUUAUUAAAGAUGAUGGAAAAAUUGUACUAGCAGGUAAAAGGCAUUAUAGACAUAAACAUAAACAUAGAAGUGUUAGAGGUAAAAUGUUAUUAGAGAAUAAAGGUAUUUUUGAAUGGGAUGUUAUUAUUGAGGAAAAUUGUGAUAGUGCUUGGGUUGGAGUAUGCUCAUCGGAAAAUUUUAAUUAUGAUAGGUCUGCUGGAAAGCAAUCUACUGGAUGGGUAUUAAGUUCUGAUGGCCAUUGUCGUAAUUAUAGAGUUUUAAUAAAAAAUUAUUGUACUAACUUUGGAGAUGGUACAAUAGUUACAGUUCAUUUAGAUAUGAAUAGAAGAACUUGUGCUUUUACAGUCAAUGGUAAAAGGUAUCGGAAGGUGUUAGAAUGGAAUAAUCUACCAUCAAAGCUUUAUCCAGUAGUAUCAAUACGUCAUCCUGGUCGCUGUCGAAUUCAACCUCAUCUUAGUACCAAUGAUGCGUUUUAG